AUGGCUGCAGCCGAAGAAGGUCCUGAACCACUGAAAUACCAGACUUUGGCCUUGAAGGUCUCCACCCACUGUGAAGGCUGCAAGAGGGAGGUGAAGAGAAUCCUAAACAUGGAAGGGGUUUACAGGAUUAGCUUCGGCCCGCAGCAGCACAAGGUUGUGGUGAUCGGAAACGUGGCUGCGGAGACCCUCGUAAAGAAGCUCACCAAGUCGGGGAAGCAUGCCGAGCUCUGGCCCGAGCCGCUGCCGGAUGAGAACGCCGGUGGGGGCGGGGGUGGCAAGAAGAAGAAGAAGAAGAAGAAAAAGAAGAGCAAGAACAAGAGUGAUGGCAAGCCAAAUGUGCCACCGGAGGUCCCCGAGAACGAUCAAAGCUCCUCCGGCGACGAGAGCUCCCCCGAAGUUCCCGAUAAGCCAGAGGGGGAAUCCCCGAAGAGCGACGACAAGGAGCCGCCUCCGGCGCAGGAGAAACCGAAUGGAACGGAGAAGGCUGCCCCCACCAAUGCAGGUGGCGGCAAGAAGAAGGGGAAGAAGAGCCACAACGCAAACAACAACAACAUCAACAACAGUGGAGGCGUUGGCAAUCCUGGUGGAACCGGAGGGCCUCCACAAGAGUUCGGCAAGAAAGCAGCAGGCGGCCUUGCGAUCCCACCGGCACUUAACCUUCCCUUCUACAGCACCUCACAGCUGCCAUCUUACGUGGUGAGCUACAGCUCGGUGCAUCCGAGCAACAACUACGGCGGAGCGUACCACCCGGCGGCGCCGAUGCAGCACGGCAACUGUGUCUACUCCACGGCCGCCCCCGGCUCUUGCUACAUCUUCAGCGAAGAGAAUGCCAAUGCUUGCAGCGUCAUGUAG